AGCCAAAGGGGUUAUUGCAUUGUGAAAUCAACAGAGAAACAUUUCACUAAUAGAGAGACAUAAGCAUAAUAUUGAGAAAUAAUGGAGGGUUGUACUUAUUGUGUGAAGUUGCUAUGCCUUGUUGGGUUUGUGGUGCUUGUGAGUACUAUUGCAGGGGUGGAGAGUGCUGGUGAAUGUGGGAAAUCUACCACCCCAGAUAAUGAGGCUUAUAAGCUUGCACCAUGUGCCUCAGCAGCACAAGAUGAGAAUGCUAGUGUUUCUCAGAGUUGCUGUGCUCAGGUGAAGAAAAUUGGGCAGAACCCAAGCUGCCUCUGUGCAGUUCUGCUCUCCAACACAGCCAAAAUGGCUGGUGUCAACCCUCAAGUUGCUGUCACCAUCCCCAAGCGUUGCAACCUGGCUAAUCGCCCUGUUGGUUACAAGUGUGGACCUUACACUCUGCCUUGAAAGAGUUGAGGUUGUUGCUGAAAACAAAGAUGACAGGGCGUAAGUGCACUAUGGCUGUUGGCUACUACAAACUGUGACUACAUGUUUGUUGUAUCGUCUUGUAACUUUCUAGUGAAUAAGAGCUAGCAGCUCACUAGUGUACCCUAUAAUAAAACAUGUACUUUCGGUGUUUCAUGUGCCUA